AUGGCGCUUGAGCUUGCCAAGACUGCAGAGAAAUCUUUUGGUGAUUUUUUUGCCUGCGAUGACGCGCUCUGUCGUCUAGGCCGACUGCAUCACCACACACUUCAGGCUGUCGAGAAUGUACUGAAGGCUCCGCGGCCACAGGAUUUUACACUGAAUGUGCUGGACUUGGCGGUACAAAAAGUGGUGGAAAAGCUAUCUUGGAAGCUAAUGACGGAAGCUCAUGCUACACCUAACAGUGUAGGCAUCCCAGCACUACUGGACUUGUGUAUUGCAGGUGUGACCAGCAACUUCCUCGUCAAUAGCACGCCAUACAAGGUGUUAGAGGAUUUAAUGGAAGGACAGACUAUCAAUGCAUGCGAGAAAAUAUGGGAGCUACUUGAGUCUCGCAAGGACAAACUCACAAUGCAGCCUGAUUUUAUUGCUGAAAAGGGUCGUACUACCAAGGCGUCGCUGUGCCUGCUGCGAAUGUGCAAUGCUCUGCUGCGUCGCUUGUCCAAGACUCAUAACAGCGUAUUUUGCGGCAAGAUCUUAGUUUUCUUGUCGUUUACGUUUGCACUAUCCGAGCGCUCUGCGGUCAAUCUUACGGGCAAGGCAAACGUGACGAAUGUGACCGUGUUUGAAGAUGAAGACGCGUUUGAUUUGGCUGAGGCUUCAGAUGCCGCAAAGGCUGCUGAAAUUUUCCCUAGACUGGAGAUUGACAGCGAUCUUAGCGCUGACGCUCGCCCGGUCGACUACAAUCUUUAUCGCACCUUCUGGGACUUGCAGAGCUUUUUUCGCGAGCAUCAGAUGGUAGUCCAGUCAGCGGAGAAUUGGGAGAAAUUUUUCACUGAACUGAACGUAGUAUUGGCAGCGUUUGAAGGCAAUGCAUUUUCACCGGAUGAUUUGGAGCGGUCACGGGACUUAAGUAGCGGUCCUGUCUGCUUGGCGGAUGCUACGAUGCGCGAGACAAGUGAUGACACCAGCAAGGGUGCAACCGAGGAGGGUUCACAGGAACACUUUUUCCAGCCCAAGUAUUUAACUAAUAGUCGUCUUUUUAGACUGCAGCUGCGUGACCCGAUUCUGCGAGAAAGCAUGCUGACACAGUUUCUUAUCCUUUUUAACGACAUGGCUAGAGUAAAGCCCCCUGUUGGUAGUAGUACGCCGAAGUCAAAAUUAGCUGAUUUGACUGAGCGCGUAGUUGCAUUGCUGAAGCAAACCCCAUCUGAUGGCGAAGGAUUUAGCGAAAUGGUGGCGUACGUUCUCGAGCGUGAGCGCAAUUGGGUCAAGUGGAAGCAGGAAAAGUGCCCGGGAUACGAGAAAUAUCCCACCAUGAGAGAUGAGGAGUCUUUAGCUACCUCCGACCCAUUAGCGAAGCGUGCUCGUCGGCAGCUAACCUCCCCAUUGCUGGAGCAAAUUUUGUCGGAGAGCUCAAAACCAUCACAGAUCUUGGAGAAGAUUAAGGGCAAAGAGCGAGCUACUGAGGUUUCUAUAAAAGCGUAUACAGACCGCUUUAAAGAAGCUUGGGACCCCGAGAAUGGUAUUGAAGAGGAAUAUUGGCCAGACAAGGAUGAUAUGGUCUGCUGGCGAACAAUGCGCGCUGCUAUGAAGACAGGCGUGGCUCAUUUGGACUUGGCGGUUGAGGGCACGGGCUCGCUUGUCAAGGGUAUCCUUGGCAUUUACGCCACCGACAAGAGCAAAGAGUGUGUGGAUGCUUCAGUCUUGACGACGUUCAAAUCUGGUGAUUGUGAGAUAGAUGGUGAGUUUAAGACGCAAGAUGAAGAGAAAGAUUUGGACCACGAAGUGUCCAAGGAAAGCUCAUCUGGCGCUAAACGGGAACGAAGUAAUUCGUUGAACCGCGCACAAAAUGGUAACGAACCACCGGUGAAGCGAGAGCGAAUGGAACAUUUCCGGCGUGACGACGACAUUGAGGAUGGCGAAGAAGCAUAA